AUGGAGGAGAAUCUAUGGGGGAAUUGCUCUUACGAUUUGGAAAUGUAUCAUGAAGUCACAGAAAGUUUGUGUAACACCAACAACUCAUUUGAGGAAGAGUUCCUAAGAGAUAUCUUCCCUCAGACACCACAAGAUCUAUUCACGAGUCUUCCUAUUGCCAACAACGACUCAUCCAUCAAUGUCGUCUCUCAUUCAACUGAUCAACAUGUUGCAGAAAAGCCAUCAUCUUGUAUUCUUUCUUUUGACAAAUCCACUGUAUUGUUGCCACCAACUCAACAGCAUAAAGAUCCUUUGAAACAUUCGAGGAAUCGUCGAAGAAGCCCUACUGCUUCACUUGAUCACAUAAUGUCCGAGAGAAAAAGGCGAAAGGAAAUUACAAUGAAGUUUAUAGAACUUUCAGCCCUUUUACCUGGAUUGAAGAAGACGGAUAAGGGUUAUGUACUAAGAGAAGCUAUCAAUCACGUGAAACAACUUGAAAGACGUGUGAAAGAGUUGGAACAAGACAUCAAGAAGAGAGACAUGGAAUCUGUUACCAACGAUGUUGCAAUAGGCGAAAAGAACACCGAAGAAUCUUAUGAGUGCAACCAAUCACUUCCACAAGUUGAAGCAGUAGUCCUAGGGAAGGAAGUGUUGAUUAGGGUUUAUUGUGUGAGGCAAAAAGGGAUUGUGGUUGAUAUAAUGUCUCAGCUUCAACUUCAUCAUCUCUCCAUAACUACUUCCAAUAUCUUGCCAUUUAGAAAUACUCUUAGCAUCAACAUUGUUGCUCAGAUGGAUGGUGAUUGCAACUUGAUAGUGAAAGCUCUAGUGAAAAAACUAAGACUAGUGGCUAAGUUACAGACAUAUUUUCCUAAUAGCAUCUUUAAUGGUAGCAACCAAUUUGGAUCCUCAGCAGCCAAGAAUGUGGCAGCCAUUUGUGCAGCACAUUAUUGGCCAUUAGAUUCAUCAAUGGAUCUAUUUUCGUCGUACAAGAGUUCAGUUAUCUUGGAUAUCGUCACAGAAUGGAUGCCAAUGACAUUUCGACCAUCUCCGGCAAUGUCCCUAAAUGACAUAUGUGCUUGCACUGCCGCAUACAUUUUUAUGAGUGACGAAGAAGAUCGUUACGGCCGUGAGGUUUUGGUAAAAACAGCUUCAAAUGUAUAUGGAGAUCGGAAAACACUUAAGACCCUGAUGCCAAGAAGCCCUUUAGACCAGAAGCAAUAUGCCCUGGAAGGACGUCACAAUCCUGAUUAUGUGAGGGAUAUAUACCAGACUCGUUUCAUGACAUCCAAAUCUAGAGUGUUAAGGGCCAUAUUUCUUGAGGAGAUUCUGUGUCACGAAUCUUUUGUUGACAUGAUUCCAAAUUAUCCAACACAUUCGAUAUCAUCCUACCCCAUAGAGGACCCAACAUCCCUUAAACAACAACUUGCCGGAUCAAAUGAUUGUGGAGUUUGGGUAUGUAAGUGGAUGAUUGAGUGUCCCUUCCAAACUUUGUUUGAAGAAACCAAUGUUAUGACUUCAACUAGAAUGAAACUCGCCCUUUUUUUGUUACACUCCGGUAAUAAUAUUUUGUUACGCGAAAUAUUGACAAAGUCGGCGGCUUAUUGGAAGAAGCAGGAAGAUCUAAGGAAGAAGUUGGUAAAAUUAGGUUGA